AAGAAUGCUUCGUUUGUCUAAUUUAACCGAAGAGUGCUUGCAAUUGUCAAUAGCGCGGGGUCCUCUGGGCUUUGUCUCUCGGGGAAAAAAAUUGUAUCCUUAUUGACAAACUUGUCAAAGUUACUGAGACCAUCCAAAGAAGAUAAGAGCACCAACGAAGACAAUGUGUCCGACUUGUUCAAAUGCUUUCCAAAGCACGACGAGCUCAUCCAAGCAUGAUUCGAGCCCUUCUUUUCUGUCUGCUCAUUUUUGGCGCCAAAACGGACGGAGUUGGGAUGUUCAAGUUGUUCCAAAAUGGUCCUGGAUCGUUUUUGGUCGGUUCCAAAGGUGUUCAGUGCCUGGAUCCGCCUGAUUUGGCUAUGAAGUGCCAAUCUUACAAUUGGGAACGGGUUCAAUGUAAUGUGUCGUCGAGGUCGUUUGAUCUGAAUUGUGACACUGACUGCCAAAUCAUCUUCCACAAUCGCAAACUGGAUUUUUCUUCCAAAAAUCGAGACCACGGAGAGUUCUCGUUCGAAUCUGGGCCAAACUUUGCCUAUCCUAAAUGUAUGCAAAAUGUCAAGGUUCAAGUUCGAAAUCUCUCCGGAAAUUGCCUCAAAGGACUGACUUUCAAAAAUUUUCAAGAAGUGACGAUUGCCAAUGGAGCUGUGGAUUUGAAUGUCAUUUCUCCCGAUUCUGUCCAAUUGACCGUGCACCGUCAUGAAGAACUUUACUGCUUUGCAAGACGCACAUCUCUGCCUCUCUUGACAGAAGUUCGAUACGUUCCAUUGGACCCAAAACCGUCCAAUGCCCCCCAAGUUCCCGAGUCCCAUUCGGGAGAGAUUCAGACGGUCCGAAAAGAAGGCUACGACAUCGAGGAAACUUUCCUGCUCGAAGGUCUCAUUCCAAAUACAGAAUAUAAAAUCUGGACCCGACAAAGACCUGUCCAAUCCGACACUUGGACCGUGGCUCAGGAGUUCCGAACUAAAACGCAAGCUAAAGCUCCGGACGUCCCAAUCACUUCCAAUUUCACGUACGAGAUGUUCCCUCUGGUGAACGGAAACCAUCGAGUCCUCCUUUAUUGGGCCCCAGUCCCGACCAGAUUCCAAUUCGGAGGGAAGUUUGACUUUGUCGUGUUCGGGAUGUGUGCCAGUGGUCCAGACCAAAGGAACAUAUUGAAUCCUGAUCCGAAUGCUUUGAUCCCGGGUCCAUGGGUUGACGGUACUCGGAAAAGUUGGAACAAAGCCAAUGGCACACAUCUAAUGUGGCAAACAACGGUCAAAACAGCAUUCUUAAAAUUCGAAGUUCCUGUGGGGAAGCGGCACUCUUGUCGGAUAUCAAUCGUAGCUCGCAAUGUGGCUGGUUCCUCGCAUCCAUCGCAGGCAAUAUUCAUAAAUAUACCCGCCGAAAUCCAGGCUGCUCGGCCUCCCAGAUCUGCAGUAAUGAAAUGGUCCAAUGGAACACGACGAAUCUUUUGGGAAAUGCCAGAGUCAUGGAAUGCUCCUCCAUAUUCUCAUGUACCCACACGUGAGGUGCAUCUGGCUUGGUGCCCCAAUAAAUCAGUCCUAUGUGAUAAUGGAGCACACUUCAAGUCAGUUUCGGCCCGUCGUCAUCAUUCUGGUGGAGAACAUGAGCUCGAUCAGUUCAUUACAUAUGAAGAGCAGGCCGAUAUUUGGUCGUCGACUUUUGAAAGCCAAGAACAUGUCAUUUCCCACGUGGGUUUGUCGGUUCCCGGAAGCGCCGAACUCUCCCAAGGCUUAAGUUGGAUUCCCUGUCCCGAAAUUGAAGAAUCCCAGCCCUUGAAUGGCCAGAUCUCGAUUUCAAGGUCCAAAGGGACUAGUGGAACCGAUUCCUCUUCAUCUUCCAUUGCGUCUGCUGAGGAGAAACUGGAAAUCUCCUUCGUUUCGUGUCCCAAAUGCCCAACUCAUCUGGGACUUUUGGUCAAAGCAUGGCGAGUGUGGAUCUGCCCUUUUGAAGCCUUGACGGAAAAGGGAAAUUGUUCUGGAAAAGCUCCUGCCUUUCAUAUUGGUCCUCCUCCUCCGUUUCUGAGAGUCCGCCAUGUUUUGCUUCCUGGACAGGCAUAUGAAGUCUCUUUGGAGAUGCAGACUCAUUUUGGAACAUAUGAAACAGUCAAACUCCCCUCGAGACUUCUACCAGCUCCAACAAAACCGCCGUCUGUGGUCGAAGCGGUCAUGGCGAAUUCGUCAUCCCUCGUUGUGCAUUUGGAACAGUUCCACGAAUCUCACAUUUGCCAAUUUGCAUUGGACUCCGAGGAGCACAUCCUCGAGCCAAAUCGACCUUGUCGAAGUCAAAUGGAACUCGACUUGGACCAUCAGAGCUCCACGUGGUUAAACGCCCAACAAGGAGUUUUGCUGGCUCGAUGUCCGUCAUUGCGGUUGCGUUCCUGUAAUCCCUCGGGUUGUUCCAAUUGGUCCAAACGACUGAAUAACAUCAUAAAAGCUCCAAAUCCAGUGCAAGAGUUCCAUAUUCAGGAGUAUGCCCCUAAUCAAGCAUCUAUGACGUGGAAAUGGGACCCGCGUACCAAGAGCGACGGAUUGGACGUGGAAAUACAGAACUCGCAAGAUGGAGAGGGUUACAUUGAGUACUUCACGCAAGACUUCGGAGGUUUGAGCCCUCUUGAUUCAACUUCGUGCGCAAUCUCAGCCAGAAAGAUGCGUUCUCUCACGAUCCACUUGCCGCAUAACUAUUGUAUUGGAGGCAUGGAAGUUAAAUUCCAAUUGAGAAUUCGUGGAUUCAGAAAGACCGAGGAUGCUCAAGGAUCAGCUCAACGAAUCAAUGGACCUUGGAGUGGCUUGAAGACCACAAGCCACUCUUGCCAACUCCUGACAGGAAAUGUAUUCCAUCAUUUCUGGCCCUUUGGCCUUUGUGGUGUCUUCGGAUCGCUCUUUGUGACCUUGAGCGUAUAUUUCAUCAUUAAUCGAGUGCACAAAUCCAGACGUCAAUUCCAAAGAAUCAUCACCCAGACACCGGAGAACUACGCCAAUGAAUACGAGGGCAAUUUCUUCGACAAGUCACAACAACAACAACCCAUGUUCUCAUUUUGACUUUAUUCGCAAACUUCAUUCCAUAUACAUAAUAUAUAUCUAUAUAUAUAU